CGGCCAGGCGCAGAGCGCUCAGCGCGGCGCAGGGAGCGGAGCGGGCUGAGCCGAGCGACUUCGGGCCUCCUCCCACCUUCUCCUUGGUGCCGUGCCUCGCCCUCCCGGGGUGGCCCUGUCACUGUGAAGGUUCACCAUGUCUGACAGGAAGGCUGUGAUCAAGAAUGCGGACAUGUCUGAGGACAUGCAGCAGGAUGCUGUGGACUGUGCCACACAGGCAAUGGAGAAGUACAACAUAGAAAAGGACAUUGCAGCAUACAUCAAGAAGGAAUUUGACAAGAAAUACAACCCAACUUGGCACUGCAUUGUUGGCAGAAACUUUGGCAGCUAUGUAACACAUGAGACAAAGCACUUCAUCUAUUUUUACUUGGGUCAGGUUGCAAUUCUUCUCUUCAAGUCUGGAUAGGAAGUUAGAGCGAGUGGGAUUUGGACUGUAAUGCACUGAUGGCUGAAGCCACAACUCCCUUUAACAUGGCUGUGCCGCUGCAUGGACUGUAUCCUGUAUUUAAUGUGUAUAUGUUGCAGUAAAACAAAAUCUACUUCUGUUUAGUUGCCUGGGAAGAAGGCAGCAUUUUUUGUUACUGCUUUUUUUUCGGUUGUAUUGCACUAGGAAAAACCUGUAAAUGCUUAAACAAUGGCCUUUACGUGGGAAGAAAUAAACUAUUCCACAACAGCUCCCUCGGUGGUAACUCCUUCUUUGAGGCUGGGAAAACUCCUCUGGGCAGGCCAAAUGACCCUGACUUCCCUACUGAGUUUUAUUAGACUGUUAAUCUCGUGAGGAGGAGCCAAGCCAGUGUGAGCCGCUGCCCACCCUGCCCACUGUCGAGAGCUGGCUCUCCCAGUAACCCCAGCACAGGUUAGACCUUCCCUGGGAGCUGGUGGGGUGGCUCCUGAUCUAGGUGGCUUUCACACACCAGCUGAACUCCACCUUGGACUGUGACAGCCUUGCAGCUGGCACCCUCACUGUGCUCUUGCAGUGCCCGGUGCUGUAUUCUUGGCUCUACUGAAACACUGACCUAGACUUGUAAGCAACUCAGCUUGGUCUAGAAGACUUCAACAAUGCCUCCCUUUCCCUUGAGCAGUUUUGCUUGCUGCAGACGGCAGCAUUCUGUGGCUGAAGUCUUUAGACCUUACUGAGCUCUAUGGCCAGGUGGCCUGUCCCUGAAACAGAGCAGGGUAUCAAAUUGGUGACUCUAUUUGGCAUGUUCUUAGCCAGUUGUCUCAACACUGCCUUAACUCGAUGCUCUCCUUAAAGCAAGCUAGUCCUGUGGAAGACUUGUAAGUGGCCACUGUCUCCUUUUUCUUUUCUGUAGCUGAUAAGCUAUCUCUGGAGGAGUGUCCUCCAUGUUCUGAUACCUGCUUUUGUUCUUAAAGCACAGUACCAAGAAGUUCAAUUUCCAUGUGAUGUUUGUGUGGAGGAAUCUCCUGUGACAUCUGCUUCAGAGGCAGACAAAUGUCUUGGUCUCCAGUAGGUUCAGCAGUGAUGUUGUCUUAGUAUGUUCUGACUCUUGGAUUACGCUGCAGGAAGUUCUUUUUAUCUGGGUGUGGAGCGGUGCUUGCCACGAGGUCUGUAUUGGUUUGCUAACCAAUGUGUAACCAUUGCUGGGCUGGUGAGCAACCAGCAGCGAGCUGCUAACGAGUCAGUGCUGGGGAGAAAAGGGCGGAGCAAAGGGAGCUCUGUGCUGUGGGCUGACUCGAUGACCCAGGUUGACUACUUCCUGAAGUAAAAGUCCUCCUUGUCUCUGUGCAAAAUCCAAAGUAUGCCUCAUUUUGUAAUAUUGAUAGAACAAUGUUGUAACUAGAGAGAAUGUAGCUGUCAUAACUUCAUGUGGAUGGAAAUGUCUGCACUGGGGAAUGUGCCUUGGGCACUCCUGUGGGUCUUGUCUGUUCGGAACUUCCCUCUGAGACUGAAAGGAGAAUGUUCUGGUUUGUUUUUUUUUCCAAGCAUGAGUCUAAUGUGAAUCUGUCCACGGUCUCUUGUGGAGCAAGAUCUGUUCCCUCCAUACCUGCAAUGGCUCAAAUACCAUUUAUUUUUUUCAAACAUUAAAGGUGAACUGACACAUUUCAA